CUGCGCGAUGCCACCUUCGACGAUUCCUCGGGUUCAGAUAUCGAUCGAUCCGUACGCAACCGACGCAGCGCACGCCUUCCCUUCAUCUGACGACGACUCUCGUCGCGUUAGAAGCAAUGGCCAACGGCGAGGUGCCCAACACCGCCUCUUCCCCGGCGGUGGCCGAUCCCUCGGAAAGCGGUUCUGGCUCUCGCUUUGAGUGCUGCGUUUGCCUGGAUCUGCUCUACAAACCAGUUGUGCUCGCAUGUGGACAUACUUCUUGUUUUUGGUGUGUGAACAAAGCCAUGCAUGGGUUCCGAGCAUCAUAUUGCCCUAUUUGCAGGCAGCCUUACUAUCAUUUCCCAAAUAUUUGCCAGUUGCUCCAUUACUUGCUGUUAAAACUUGAACCUGAGGCCUACAAGAGGAGGGAAAUGGAAGUGUUUGAGGAAGAAAAAAGUGCAGACAUCUAUUCACCCCAGUUGGUGGAUCAGUUAUGUGAGAAGAAACUAAAUUCUGGCGGGGUGGGUUCUAGUGAAUAUGUCGAUGAUAGCAGACACACUGAAUUGCUAAAGCUUUCUCCUGAGAAGACCAUGAAAAGGAGCAUUUCUGUAGAUGAUGUAUUAUGUUCAUUGUGCGAAGUAAUGAUAUAUAAACCUAUGGUUCUUAAUUGUGGACAUGUAUAUUGUGAGACUUGCCUAUAUGGCUUAAGUGGGGAUCCUCUUCAAUGUCAUAUUUGUGAAAGUCUUCAUCCUGGUGAGUUUCCAAAUGUGUGCUUCGAUCUGCAUCAUUUCCUAGAAGAAGCAUUCCCGACAGAAUAUGCCGUGAGAAGAGAACAAGUGCAUCUUAAGAAAACUCAAUCUCUAGCUGUUAUUCCAUCAGCAAAUGCUGUUCAAACACAGAAUCUGAAAGCAAAGAUACCGUCUGAAACCAUGGAUUCAUGGUUUACUCAAGAAAUGCAUGAUAUUCAUGUAGGAGUCGGCUGUGAUUCAUGUGGGCUGUAUCCAAUAUCUGGAAAGAGAUACAGGUGCAAAGAUUGCAAGGAAACAGUCGGCUUCGACCUCUGUGAAACAUGCUACAACACCACUUCUAAGCUGCCUGGCAGAUUCAAUCAGGAGCACACACCAGAGCAUAAGUUUGAGCUCGAUCAGUCGCGUACCUUGGCAAACAUUUUCUUGUUGCAGAGGACUCAAGCCAAUACUACCGUGGAGAUUCCUCCAGAAGGCUUCGAGGCAGAUGCCCUCUCCGUGGCUGACACUGAGCAUGACUAUCAAAAUCAUGAUGACCCAGGACGAGACGAUUUCAUAUGAAAGUACAAGAAUUUUGGAUUAAAGCUUUCAGCCAGCUGCCCUUUAAGGUAUCUAUUAUAGUUUUUUUCCACAAGUGGACUGAAGAGGAAAGAAGUGGGAAAAAGCAAUAGAAAGAAUAAUUUACCUGUAAAAAAAAUUUAAAGUGUGUCUUUUGCCAUUUUUUAUUUUCUACUGUAACAUUUUAAAAAAAUGGUUAAUUUAUCUGCUGAAAUUGUUUUAAAAUCA